AGGAUAAACGAACAAAUUGAUGAAUAAGGAAAAUAUGAGCGAUAGGGGUCGGACCUUCCCGGUGGAUCCGAAUCUGCCAAGAUGGGUCUGCCAGAACUGCCACAACCCCCUCUGCAUCAUCGGAGUGGAAUCCUAUGCCGACAAGUUCUUCAACGACUCUUCUUCUCGCUCCGCAAUGCAGGCCUCUUCAAUUCAUGGUGCCACACGUAUGGAUAAUUCCUAUGUUGUGUUGCCGAAGCAAAGGCCUUCUGCACAAGGGCCCUCAUCACGUCCUCGCACUGGAGCUGCUCAGCAUGAGACAGGUCAGCAGUCUGGAAAGACCAUGGAAGAAUCCUUUGUGGUCGUGUACAAGUCCGAGUCUGCAUCUGAUGGGGGUGGAAACCAGUCAUCAUUACCUGAAGGGGGACCUAGCAGUCAUAUGCAGCCAAACAACACUGGCUUUCACUCAACUAUUACUGUUCUAAAACGUGCAUUCGAGAUUGCGACAACCCAGACACAGGUUGAGCAACCUUUAUGCCUCGAAUGCAUGCGGGUUUUAUCUGAUAAACUUGAAAAGGAGGUUGAAGAUGUGAAUAGGGACAAUGAAGCAUAUGAAGCUUGUCUUCAGCGCUUAGAAGGGGAGGCACAAGAUGCUCUUAGCGAUGCUGAUUUUCUUAAAGAGAAAUUAAAGGCUGAGGAGGAAGAAAGGAAACUUGAAGCAGAAAUCCAAGAAAUACUGAAACAAAAGGCAGAGGCUGACGCUCAAUCGAAAGAACUAGAGUUGAAAUCUGGCCGCUUUAAAGAAUUGGAGGAGCGGUAUUGGCAGGAAUUCAAUAAUUUUCAGUUUCAAUUGAUUUCACAUCAGGAAGAAAGAGAUGCAAUUUCAGCCAAGAUUGAAGUUUCACAAGCACAUUUGGAGCUUUUGAAGCGAACUAGUGUACUCAAUGAUGCCUUCCCAAUUUAUCAUGAUGGAGAAUUUGGGACAAUAAACAAUUUUCGACUUGGUCGGCUUCCUAAAGCUCCUGUCGAGUGGGAUGAGAUAAAUGCUGCAUGGGGCCAAGGUUGCCUUCUUCUACAUACGAUGUGCCAAUAUUUCCGGCCGAAGUUUCAAUAUCGAAUAAAAAUUCUGCCUAUGGGGAGUUAUCCUCGGAUUAUGGAUACCAACAACAGUAUGUGUGAGCUAUUUGGUCCUGUGAACUUGUUUUGGAGUACUCGUUAUGACAAAGCAAUGACAUUGUUCUUGACAUGCCUAAAAGACUUUGCGGAGUUUGCAUAUUCUAAAGAUCAAGAAAACAACAUUCCGCCUGAGAAAUGUUUUAGACUUCCGUACAAGAUUGAAAAUGACAGAGUGGUAUGCAGGAAUGAAAGUGACAAACUGGAGAGCCACUCGAUUACACAGAGCUUCAAUAAACAGGAGAAUUGGACCAGAGCUCUGAGACAUACACUCUGCAAUUUGAAAUGGGCUCUCUACUGGUUUAUUGGAAAUACAAAUUUCCAGCCUCUUUCAGCAUCUGUGUCCUCACAUCCUGACGUUGCUGCAUCUGUAGGCUCUUUAUAUGCAAAACGGGGUGGUGCUGAUUCCAAGUAUUCUGCGUCCAAAUGAUGAAAUGGUGAAAUUCUGGACACACUGCAAUCUGUGACAUAUCAGUAAUGUAAAUACAAAUUGAAAUCCUAAAUACAAUUGCAGUUACAAGUAUAGGUUUUCGUUACAUAUUAAACAAAA